CUCUUCUUGAGAAUGAACCUCUAGUCUACAGUAGUUCCUCGUAACAGGCCAGCUGUCGUUAGCUGAAGUAACGGUAGCUAUUUAUCUAUCAAUAAGUAUCUGUGCACAACAUUAACCACAGACAAUAUUGAAGUGUGGAAGUUCAGUUUAUUGAGUACGCUGUUGUUGAGGCGAAAUGUUGUAAAGGGUUAUGAAACGUCACUCGCACAAAUAUUUGAAGGCUGCAGAAACCUUGAGAUGAAGAUAACCCCUCGCUUGACAGAGUGCCCCCAUUAGAGCAUAUGCCGCUGUUGAGCCCCUGUGGGAGUUGCUAGCAUGCAGUGCUGGCCUCCGCUCAGUAGGAGGCGCCACAGCUGCUGAGAAACGAGCCGGACGGAGGAGCCUGUGGAAGGGGCCCCAGGGGCGGGGGAGGGGCCAGGCAUGGACGACUUUACCACGCGCACCUAUGGCACCAGUGGCCUGGACAACAGACCUCUGUUCGGGGAGACCUCCGCCAGGGAGAGAAUCAUCAAUUUAGUCGUUGGCGUGCUUACGACACUACUUGUGUUGAUUACUGUUAUCAGCUCCUUUGUGGUCCCCCUGCCGCCGAAGCCGAUUAACAUCUUCUUUGCAGUGUGUGUUCUGCUGCUGUGUGGAUCCGUCUUGGUGCUGAUCUUCUGGUACCGGCAGGGGGACCUGGAGCCUAAGUUCCGUAAGCUGAUCUACUACAUGCUGAGCUCCAUCGCCCUGCUGUGCAUCUGUGCCAACCUCUACUUCCACGACGUGGGCCGAGUCCAACCCGCUUCUGCCUUAUGAACCUCGCCCUCCUCUCCGUGGAGCACCACCGCUGCACUCGGGAUUGUUUCCGCUGUGCCCGGCAUAGAAUCCUCCCCUUACCCCAAACAAGGACUCUAGAGUGGGAUCUAGAACUGGGGCCAAAACAAAAGGGUUCUAUGUGGUGUUAAAGAGGCCAGUUAGCCUUUUGGCAUUCUUUCUGAAAGACUUUUUUUUUUAUACACAUGUAAGGACACACUGCACAUUAGCUAAUUAUGCAAAUGAAGAAUAAACUGUAGCACUGUGGGGGAUGUGCAGCUGCUUGUAGACAAAUGCCAAGUCAACUGACAGCCACAAUAGUCCAUUUAAAAGCCAUGCCCAUUAUGUCAGCAUUCAUGUUUUAUAUUCACAUUAAAAAAAAUGAAGGUUUAUGCAAAUGUACAUUCCAGACUGAGAUUAGUUUGACUGCCUGUUUUUCCUACGUCUGUUUGUUUUUAAGAAACUUAAACAUUCCCUUAAAGCACUUAUUGGGUGGUGUUAAACCGCCAUACACAGAACACCACCGAUUGUUCUACCACAGCCACAUCAGAAGUCUUACUAGAGGAGGCUUGGCGAUGAUUGUCUUUUCAGACAUUGAAAAUGUAAUUUUCUUUUCAGUAAUAAAUGGAAAACUGAAACCUUC